CCAGUAAUGAUUAAUCGUGAUUUCUUUGUGUCCAUCAUAUGCUUGUUAUUUACAUUCUUCAAAAUAGGACAAUCUGGCUUUACAUGCCGCGAUGGCCAGGUGAUACCUAACUCCAAUAGAUGUGAUGCUCAUAAGGAAUGUAAGGAUGGUAGCGAUGAGAACUUUGUUGAAUGCUACAAAGAGAUCUGCCCGGAGUAUAAGUGCUCAUAUGGAGGCUGCUACCGGGAAAUCCAGCGUUGUGAUGGUAAAUUAGACUGUUGGGACGGAACAGACGAACACCCAAGCCUCUGCACUAAAAUUCAUAUUCAAUUGAAUUCUGAAGUGAAGAAUUCAUCGCUUAUAUGCACGGAAAAUAAUUUGAAAUGCCAAUCAACUUCGGAAUGCCUGGAUGUUAAAUACAUUUGUGAUGGCGUCAAGGACUGCCAGGAUGGCAGCGAUGAAACCAAUGCCAAUUGCCUAAUUUCCGAGUGCCCCAGCGAUACAUUCCGCUGUGCCUACGGAGGAUGUUUAGCGAAAACUAAGGUAUGCGACGGUGAAAUUAAUUGUUGGGACAAGUCGGAUGAGGAGUAUGAGAUAUGCGUACAAAAACUUGGAAGACUUGUGGCUGCGAAUCUCACCGAAGCCCGAAAUGGCACAAAUCGCACCACACGAAUGGUUUCAGUCAAUGAAAUAGAUGCCCACCGCAUAUUUACUCGCCAGUCUACUGGCUGCAGAAUUCCAGGAAAUCUGAAACACCUUCAGGUAAAAACCCUGUUUAAUGUCCUGCCCUACAAAGUGGGUGCAGAAAUAGCGGAAUUCACUGUUGUGCGAUUGAGUUGCUCUGACAACACACAACUGUACGGUAGUGAUCUUAAUCUCUGUGUCAAUCGAAAGUGGCAAGGACCUUGGCCGGACUGUAAUUGCCACAGAAGGAUUUUCACUCCGGAUCCCUCAAUUUGAUCUGCCUGUCAUUACAACGGAGAUACUGGGGAUUGCACACACAAGUCGACCAAGUUGUUCACUGGAACCUUGGCCAACGUGACCUGCGCACCAGGUUACAAGGCAAAGGGAAAGACUUCUUGGCAAACUCGAACCUGCGUGGAACAUACGAAUGCCACAUCACCGGUUUGGGUUCUUGAGAAGAAACAACAUCGUCUCCAAUGCGUUCCCGAAUGUGGCAUAAUAGUGCCUGGAGUUAAGGAAAUUCCUUGACCAUGUCCAAUUCCUCGUUCAGAUGCAUGGUCAAAAUAAUCAGUGCUUACUCUGUUCUUGUCGAGAAACAAUGCAUUGAUACCGUCGAUGUGAUGCGAUAUUCCAUUGCCAUUGAUUGCUUUCAAAAACUACGAUGAGAGUCCCUAUAAGGUAUACCUCGUCGAAAGUAUACAUAAAGGCUCGCAAAAUGCCCUUGUCAGCAUUUUUGAGCCCUUUACAUUUUCUCCCUUGGUGCGCCCAAUUUGCCUGCCUCCUAUUCCCGAGUGGUAUGCCCUGUCCUCGAACUCAACUGCCUAUACGACCUCAAAUGGCAUUAAAACCAACCAUCUGAUUAAUAUUGAAGAUGACAUACGCGAGAAAAUAAAACUCAUACACGAACACAACAGCCAGAAAGCAAAUGAAAGUAGCCAUAAUUAUCAAACUUAAAUAUACAUUUAAGAUUUCGCCUUAGCUAGAUCCUUCAAAAUGUCAGAUAAACACAAAUUGGUCCACAUAAAGCACACAUCUUUUUUAUACUUGUUGUUUUUACUUUUUUUCUUCUUUGAUUGGGAACCGAAGCCCAUAACUAAUUGAAAUAUCGCAAUGCCCAGCCAAAUGAGCAUAUCCGAAGGUCUCCAGGCUCCAAUUGCCGGAGUGCAGCCUCAUCUGCAGCCAUGGGAGGCACAUGCGUGGUCCUCGGAUCGUCUGGGCUCCAUGUACUCCGACUGGGCCAAUUUCUUUUUCACCCAACAGCGGUAUGCAAACGGACUUAGGUACUUCAACAGCGCUUUGGAUCUGAAUCCGUUCAAUGAAAGAGCUCUGAUGCGCCGAAGUCAGCUGAAAAGAUCGAUGGGCCUGGCCUCCGAAGCUCUGAAGGAUUGCUCCCGAGCAGAGGAUCUGCUGAUGAGCCGAAAGCCACCCGUAACCAAUCCCAAUGUCAGUCUGGAAGUCUGCGAUGCUCUGUACGAGUCCAAUCGCUUGGAAGAUUCCAAAAUAAAUCUGCACUGUCAUCUGAAGCGAUUUAGAUCCACUCAAAGAGGUCCUGUUGUCGACCGUCUCAAUGUGUUAAAUGAGAACUUCCGUGACACAUUAUCAGAUGAUACCACCAUGUCUGUGCAGCGCCUCAUCAAUCGCAUGAUGGCUAGUUUGGCUAAGGAGCCCAAGGAUAUUAAGGAUACUUGCGACGUGGUUAGCAUAAUGGAAAAGGAGGAAACCCAUUUGUCCCCACUGGAAAUGGCUAGGCGAAAAAGGCAUUUUAAGAUAUACAACCAGACGUAUCUGAAUAAAUGCUGGGUGGAUGUGGCCUUUCUUAAGACCCUGCGCGAUGAUCCCAAUGUCCUGCCCAAGCAUUGCAAGAAGUCAUCCGAGUAUUUGGGCAAACUGAUGGCUAGCAAUUAUAAAGCGGAACGAACUCUUACGAAAACGCUCCAUGCCCGAAGUCCCAUGUACGCCUUGCAUCAACAGAAAUAUCCCAACGAGGCAUUUUAUAAUAAGCAUCGAGAUGAAAACCUAUAUCGCAUUCAGUACCAGACGAGGCGGAAUAUGUUCAAGAUCCUUCGCAGCAUUCGAUUGCUAAUUCGAGUUGGAGAACUGAACAAACUAACCACAUUUAUUGAGGAAGUCAUGGGUGACUAUGUCACCAUCAAGACGAAUCGCGUAAUGCCGUGGAAAUUUGAAUUCACUAAUGAGGUCUACAACUACUUGGGUCUAGCCCGCAUUAAUGAAUACAAAAUUCCCAGCAAUAUGACUGUCUUGCAGGGCAAACAACGUCUGCUAACCCUUUUCAGACUGCCCCUCAAUAAUAGUCUGGACAUGAAAAAAUCAAAAACAAAACGAACGAGUGCUCUGAAUAUAACCAGAUCGGCUACCACCGAUCCCAAAGCGGAGCAUUUUAAAAAACAAGUCGUCCGACUGGAAAAUCGGAUGCGGUUUGCCGAGUAUCACAUUGAACGCGCCUAUCUACUGCACGAAUUGGCCCAAGAGCAUCUGAAUUGUAACUCAUUUGAUGGGGCCUGCUCCAUGGCACGAAUGGCCCUGGAGGAGGCCAUAAAAUGCAAGAGUGUAAUUUGGAGCUUCCUGAGUCUUAUGGUUAUAUGCAAGGCUCACGCGAUUCUGGGUAAGAUCGAACGGGAAAAGGAGAUUCUCGCCGAAGCCUUCGAGCUGGCCAAGAAAAUGAAGAACCUUGAUCUGUGCUUGUUCAUAGAUAUCUGCAUUAAAGUUAAUGCGGAGGAGAUGGAAAUGAAGCGCAUGGUUACCACAGAUUUGACUGCUAGGAGACAAAAGUUUGGCUCUAAAAUGUUCCAAAGCAACGAUCAGGUGAAUGAGGAUCGCAACCAAAUUACCUAG